ACGGGAGCGGUGUGCUGAGUGGAGUUGAGAUUGGUUCUGGCUGGGUGAAGAAAACUGUAAAGGAUAUGUCAGAGAAUCAACCAGAACUACAUCUAGAUAUUACUACAGAUAUGGAAGUUGUUAUAGAUACUGAGGAAGAACUUUUUAAACAGUGUGAAAAAAUGUGGGAAGACAUGGAAGAUUGCCAGAAUAAAUUGUCACUCAUUGGAACUGAGACACUCACUAGCUCAAAUGCUCAGCUUUCAUUACUUUCUAUGCAAAUCAAAUGUCUGACUGCUGAACUUGAUCACUGGAACAAAAGAACACCCGAAAUAACUCCCCUGACUGAAGAUGUUUUGAUAACAUUAGGAAAAGAAGAGUUCCAAGAAUUGAGAUGUAAUCUUGAAAUGGUAGUAUCUACUAUUCAAUCAAAGAAUGAAAAGUUAAAGGAAGACUUAGAAAGGGAGCAACAGUGGUUGGAUGAACAACAACAGAUUCUGGAAUCUCUUAAUGUAUUGCACAGUGAUUUGAAAAACCGCGAUGUGACAUUUUCUGUAUCAAGCAUCCUUAAAGAGCUGAAAGCUAAGAUGCUUAGUAUAAAAGAUUUUAAGGAGAAACUUCUGUUUACCUUGGGUGAGUUUUUAGAAGAUCAUUUUCCUCUGCCUGAUGGGACUAGUAAAAAGAAAAAGAAAUGCAUGCAAACAUCAAAUGCACAACUGAUAACACUGCAUGAAAUAAUAGAGAUGCUUAUAAAUAGAAUGUUUGAUGCUCCACAUGAUCCAUAUGUUAAAAUUAGUGAUUCAUUUUGGCCACCAUAUAUUGAGCUGCUUCUGCGUAAUGGAAUUGCUUUGAGACAUCCAGAAGAUCCAACACAAAUAAGAUUGGAAGCCUUCCAUCAGUAAAAUGAUGGUCUGUUUUCACAGAGUAUGGAUUUUUGUCAUCCAUGGAUAAAGCAAA